AUGUGGUAUAGUUGCAUUCACACUUACUUUGGUGAAAGUGGUUUUAUGAGAUGUCCUCAUGAGCAUACUCUGUAUGUCAACACGGAUUCUGGAGAUAUUGUUAUAAUAUGUCUAUAUGUUGAUGAUUUGAUUUUUACUGGAAACAACUUGAAAUUAAUCUCAGAAUUUAGGGAGGCACUCAUUAAGAGAUAUGAAAUGACUGAUAUGGGUCUUAUGUGUUACUUUCUCGGUCUUGAAGUUGUUCAGAUAGAUAGUGGAAUCUUUAUAUCACAAAAGAAAUAUGUUGUUGAUAUUUUGAAAAAGUUCAAACUCGAAAAUUCUAAACCAGUUUCAACUCCGGUAUAUGAAAAGUUGAAUGUAUCCAAAGAUGGGUAUGGUAAGAAUGUGAAUUUUACUUCUUAUAAAAGUUUAAAUGGGAGUUUGAGGCAUAUAGUGGCUAUAAGGUUGGAUAUUUCUUUUGGAGUUGGAAUACUUAGUAGAUUCAUGGCGGAACCAAAAGAAUCACAAAGGGCUAAAGCAUAG